AAAAAAAAAAAAAUCCCUCUUCAAACACCUCCCCCAAAAAAACUACCAAUCCUUUUCCUCUCCGGCCACCACCGAUGCAACAACCGCCACCAUUAGCCACCGUCACAACCGGCACAACAACAUUAUUAUCAUCAUAAUCAUCCCUACAAUAUAUAUUCGAUUUCCAAAUUUUUUUUGGGCACGGUCAUUUGUGUUAGGAACAUUUUUAUAAAUUUAUAUUUAUAUUAUACUCAACAUGGGAUCUUCAGAAGCAAUUCAAGUUGAACAAUUUGAUCAAUUAAAGGAAAUAUUUGCUCGAUUCGACAUGGAUUCCGAUGGAAGCCUCACCAUUUUAGAGCUUGCAGCAUUGUUAAGGUCAUUAGGUCUCAAACCCUCAGGUGACCAAAUUCAUGUCUUAUUAGCCAAUAUGGAUUCUAAUGGAAAUGGGUCAAUAGAAUUUGACGAAUUGGUAAGCGCAAUUUUACCUGAUAUGAACGAACAGAUUUUUGGUAAUCAAGAACAACUUUUAGAUGUUUUUCAAUUGUUUGACAAGGACGGUAACGGUUAUAUUAGCGCGGCGGAGCUUGCCGGAGCCAUGGCAAAAAUGGGGCAACCGUUGACCUAUAAGGAGCUUAGGGAGAUGAUCAAGGAGGCAGAUACAGACGGUGAUGGUGUCAUUAGCUUUAAAGAAUUUACUUCUGUAAUGGCAAAGUCAGCUAUGGAGUUUUUAGGGCCUGCAUUGUCAUGAGUCAACAUAUGACCGAUUGAUGGUAUGUUGUUUUUGGUCAACAUCUUCAUCAUUUUAUAAUUGUUGAUGUAAUUAAUUUGUUCAUUAAACUUAGGUUUUAGGGAUUGAUAGACUUGUUUAUAUAGGCAUUUGAAAAGUAAGAAGAGGAAUGAAAUUAAUUACAAGAUGGGCAUUCAUUCCAUAUGGGAAAUUUGUUCUCUAUUGUAAAAGUUUUUUUUUUUUUUUUAUAAAAUCCCAAAGUUUUAAAGAAUUCUGAAACAUGUAUUUGAUUACACAAUU